AUGACAACCACCCCUUCUGCGCGCUUCUAUCAGGUCGGCACCAACUCCACCGCGAAGCUCAUCGCGCCCAUCACCAACGACGGCAUUGUGAUUUUCCGCUCCGCCGGGCUCAACACCAACCAGAACCCAGGCAGUGGUAUGAAAGUCAACAAUACCUCUCUCAACCUGCUCAACAACGAUGGCGCCUAUCUCCUCCAUAUCGGGUUCCGCCUCGUACCAAACACGAUCGUCUUCAACAGUCGCAAGCCUGAUGGGACAUGGCUCCAGGAGAAAUCUGUGUCGGCGGCCGUCGAUCACUUCACCGGGCCCAACGGAAACACCUCCGUAACAGUGUUCGACCAUGGGGACAAGUAUCAGGUCCUGCUGAAUGGGAAGACGGUCAUUCAUUACGCCAAGCAGAUCUCGGGUCCGGCAUCGACCCUUUUGUACAAGGUAGACGAGGGCGAAUCUCCCUUAUUCUCCUCGAUGGUUGCGGCGAACACCUACACGAACCUCGCAGCGCUCGUCCCCGACUUGGCUUAG